AGUUAUGUUAGUUUUAGUAACUCUGUCCCCUUUGCACGAACGCGAUAGUCCUUUCAAAACCGAUGCUGGAUUUAGAUCUAGGCUUAGUUCUAUAGCCAUAUUUAAAUUUAUUUCCUUUUUACUUUGAAAAAUUAUAAGUUUUCCCUGUGUGACAAAAAAGCUAGUAAUUCUUAUUCUCAGCGAUAUGCAUUAACUGUUAAAUUUCUAGGAACAUCGUUACAGCUGUUUUUUAGAUCAGCGCCCAUAUUCCAGGUUCAUCCAUAGAUAAAAAUGAAGUUUGCACAUGUAAUAUUUAUUGUUGUCACGCUUUUGAUAUUGAUGACGCCGCAGUUUUUGCCACUUUCCAGUAAGUCUAUAGAUGAACUAAUUGCCGGGGCGUCCGAGAUGAGCAAUUUUUAUCUGGAAGACAUGGAAGAGGGGACGAUCAGGCGUGAACUGGACAUGGUAUUGACCCUGGAACAAUAUAACUCAUUGUAUGAAACUAACAUUGCAUUAUCGAUUGAUGGCCAGAAAAAAAGAGGCAGACCAAGACCAAGAAGAAAAGCCAUACGAGACAAAAAAUACCGAUGGACUAACAAAGAAAUACCUUUCAAAAUCGUCCCUAAUGACUUCGAUGUCAACAGUACGAGAGACAUCUACGAAGCCAUCGCUGAAUGGCAAAAUUACACCUGCAUCACCUUCAGAUCGGCAACCAACUCCGACCCCAACUUCGUCGAAAUUGACAACGGCAACGGGUGCUACUCUAACGUGGGGAUGGCCGGGGGCAGCCAAACAGUCGGCCUUUCGGGCGGUUGUAGGUUUAAGGGCGUCAUCCUUCACAUGUUGGGCCACGCCAUUGGGUUCCAUCACGAACACAACCGCCCUGACAGGGAUUACUACGUGACCAUAAUCGAGAGGAACAUUCCGGCUAACCUGCUGUACAACUUUAAAAAAUACCCGUUGGAUGAGAUCAAUACUUACGGGGUGCCUUACGAUUACAGUAGCAUCAUGCAAUACGGAGGGCGCGCCUUCUCUCUCAAUGGGGAGAUAACGAUAAAAGCUAAUGACCCGAAGUACCAGAACGUGUUAGGAAAUCGAAUGUCUUAGUUUUAAUGACAUCAAGCUGGCCAACCUUAUGUACAAGUGCCACGAAAAUUGUGACAAAAAAAUGAAAUGCCCAGGCAUAGGGUUCUUGGGCAAAGACUGCAGAUGUUAUUGCCCCGGAAGUCCUGUCCAGCUCUGCUCGACUUCUGGAAAUUCUGUGUGUGAGGACAUAGGCCCAAUCUGCGAGGAUUUAAAAAAAAAAGGGCUUUUGCACUGACCGCUACAUGAACUUCAUGGGAACCAACUGCCAGUCUACUUGUAACUAUUGCAACAUCUCAAUAAAAGCUGAUCGGAAAGAAACAGAGCUCUUUGAAUUCAGUAUGUUAAUUAUUAUUCACAGUUGUGACAGUUUGUUGUUACUACGCUCAUUAAACUAAACAUUGUGUAAUAUUUUAUUUUAAAAUUUUGAAUCAUUUAUUAUUAUUUUUUACAAUGUAUAUUUUUAACUAAUUAUCUUUCUAACGGGGGUUACAAACAAGUUUUUUUUUCGUCUGGGGUGGAUGGAGUGGGGGAGGCAUCGCAGUCAUAAGUUUGAGAAACACUGGGUGUUUAAAUCAAUUUGUUAUAAUUAAGAAAUAUUUUUAUUUCAUGUUCUUUAAAUAUAAAAAAAAAGAUUAUAUGUAAAUGAGUUUCAUGUACACCAAACACAGUGAAAGAAACACAUUCAAAUACUAAAGGUCAAAGUUACGAGAGGUUAAAGGUAUUUUACACUAUGAGAUAUUUAGGCAUUUUCACCUGUUCAUAUUCUAUAGUUAUAUUACAAUAAAAAUGGUUCAAUUUGGGAUGUUAUUUUAAACAUUUUAAAUUACAAUAAUAGUUUAUAUAUUUAGUAAAUGUCACCACUGUUCAUUUUCUUUAAGAGUGUGUAAGGUCUAUUUAAAAAAAAAACGCCUGCAUGCUCCUCAUUUUCUUUUCGUACACAAUUACAUUUCACCGAUACGCCGAAUCCACUACAAAAAAUACGAUGGCUGAACAUUCCAUUGACGAGCAACCAGCUACUACAAAUAAUUUCACUUGUUUGGAAUUGGAACGCAUAAUUGGUAAGGAAAACAAAUAGGUAUGUGUUUAAUUUUUUUUAAAAGACAAAAAAAUAUUUUCUGAAUUCUGAACAUAAAUAUUUUAAUAAAGUUUAACUAAUCUUCCAAUUUUAGCGGCCCAUGACAGAAAAAUAGCAUGUAAUAGUUUUGUGUGAUCUGUCUAUCUGACCGUCCAUCCGUCCUGUUUAGCUUUCGUAACCUAGAAAACCUAGAAAAGAUAUUGAAAAUCCGAUAUCAUGAUAUUUUACAUUUUAGAAUUUUCUGAUGCAACGGCUACUUUGUUCUUUUCUGAAACCAAAAAAUUAAUUUUAAUUCAACUAUGCAAGAAGUUUUUUCAUGAAGAUACACCAUUCGUAUAACUAUUUACUCUUAAUAGUAAAAAACAAGGGUAAGUAUAUAUACAAACGGCCACAAAGUAAUUUUCAAAAGAAAUUAAAAAAAAAUGUUACUACUAAAUUAUAUAUUUUCUGUCAUACUAACUACCUACAAUUACCAAAAAUUUUACUUAAGAGAAAAAAAAAUCUUUAUAGUAUGCAUGUAAGUGGAAUACAAUUUAAAGACAACAAUUAAUAAGAAGUAUUUCAUACUAUGCACGUGAAUUCUAAUGUCCAGUAUCUUUGUUAAAGACUAAACUAAAAGAAAAGUGUCUUUUGUAGGGACAAUUUUUAUUUGUUUAGUCUUUUAAUGAGAGAUUGGCCCUUUACAAAACAAUUAGAUCAAUUAGAUAAUUAUUCAACAACAUCAGUUAGGCCCUAUUUAACUUCAUCUUCACCUAGCCUUUAGUCUUUUGGACCGCUGGGACACCAAACAAGAUCUGAAAACCGUCUUUCUCCGUUCCUCUCUGUCCUUCGUCUUUGAUAGAGUUUUAGUCAUUGACAGGCCUGUCCAUUCUUUGAUGUCUUCCCAUCGCUUUCUCCGUCCUCCUCUUCUUCCUGGUACUGUUCCCUGAUGGAUUUGUUUGCGAGCACCGAGGACCUUAUGAUGUUGCCAUAAAGUUUGAGUUUACGUUUUCUGACAGUGGGCAGCAGGUCAUCGUGGGGUCCAAUCGCGGUAUUAAAAAUGUUUCUAAUCUCUUUAUAACUAACAUUUCGUUUAAAGCAUAUUGUAACGUUUUUCACUAUACAGGCUCUCUGCAAACUGCACCACACUACACCAGAAAAUUAAAGAACUUGACAACUUAGGUCUCCAAACUAACGUAACACUUAAUGUCCAAUGAACCACAGCCAAUAUUGUACUAUUGGCAACACGUAACACUGACUGUAUAAUGUUCUGGAUAUCUGAACCGCCGUAUCGACUCUGUACUGUAGCAUGAACUCUACUGACUUAGCUGUACCUUGUUGAACUCUGUACUGUAGCAUGAACUCUACUGACUUAGCUGUACCUUGUUGAACUCUGUACUGUAGCAUGAACUCUACUGACUUAGCUGUACCUUGUUGAACUCUGUACUGUAGCAUGAACUCUACUGACUUAGCUGUACCUUGUUGAACUCUGUACUGUAGCAUGAACUCUACUGACUUAGCUGUACCUUGUUGAACUCUGUACUGUAGCAUGAACUCUACUGACUUAGCUGUACCUUGUUGAACUCUGUACUAACUUACUGAACUGAUUCGUAGAUCGGGAAUUUGUGACUGACUGGACCUUCGCUCUUUAUAUAGGGUCCCUAAUGGCUUUCUAGAACCGGACGGAAAUCUCUAUAUUUGACGUGACUGGCCAGAUAACUAUUCACUUCAGAUGAUUCUUAAAACUUCGCUAGACACGUCACGGUUGACCGCUUAGCUAGCGCUGGUCUAGGGGCGAUUUGCGUCUUCCCUAUCUGUGUCAUCAUUAGGUUUAUAAGAAAACUAGUUGACCCACGGCGUAAUAUACGCCGUUAUUUGGCAGGGCCAAUGCAACCUAUGCGACCAAUGUGGGACCCACACUUUCAAAGGACCCGCGCUAAUUCUAGGUGUAAAUUAUUAAAUCAAACCAUUUUAUAACUUAUUAAAGAAUUCCCGCAGCCUUCUGAUUUACCUGGAGCUCUAUUGAAAUCUCCUAAAAUUGCGAAAUAUACGAAAAAGUCCUGGAAAUAUCCGGAAAUAAUUAAAAUCUUUUGAUAACUCAAAAAAAAAAUCUACUUAAAUAUGUUGACAAAAAAUUGUCAUUUUGGGGUGUCAUUAAAAAUUGAAGACACUAAUCCUACGCGCGCUAAAAAACGGCGUCAUGCAACGGCAUUUUUGAGGUCAAAAAGUCUCGAAGAUAGAUUGAAACAUUUGGUAAUUCUUGCUAUUAAGCUUGAUCUAUGUAGGAAACAUAAUUUUUAUGAUAUACUGUAUGGCUUCGCUACACACAAGGUCCGUAAAAUAAUUCUGUAGGUAGUAAAGAAUUAAUAAAAUGCAAAGACGAAUUUAUUUUCUAAUACAAAUUCUUAAUUUUCACUUAUUAUCCGUAUCCUUACUCAAAAUUGGCCCCGCCAAAUCCGUUUCGCAUAGGGCCCCACAAUGGGUAAGUAGAUUACUUAGAUUAGUUCCUAGUCCAAACCUCCCGCUGGACAAAGGGGGAUGGGAGCGGGCAGAGUUUGAUACGACAGUCCAUCGCGCAGCCAGUCAUCCGUAGUGUGAACACUACUCUUGUUUUCCCGUGGACUAUCCACAGAAAUAAAAGAGUGAUAUUUCCUUUACUCCUUACUACUCGUUUAAACUGUUGAGGGAAGAAGAGAAUUAUAUACAUAUAUAUAUUGAUAUUAACAAUAUAUUUAUUAUAACAGUAAUGAAUCUCCGUAUCCUGUGGUAUUAGUUCGUUAGUCGAACUAACACUACAACAGCAUCGGCAACAUUUUCAACACGAGCUCGACUCUUCUUUUCGUAUCGAGGGAAAUUGGGUUGUAGUUGUGGAUGGCUUGUAAUUCAUGGUUUCUGAUAUUCUUUCUGAAAAUAUUGAAAUCUGCCAUUUUACUUACCUUACAAUAUCUCUCCGAAGGCCGAUUUUUAGCUUGUAUUUAUACACAAACUGUCUAUGUUACCUUGUUGUUGUUUUUUUUGGAGUAGAUUAACAACUCUUAUUAUACACACCAUUUAGAUUUCACAUCUUUCUUUUUAGAUGACGAACAAUAUCAAGAACUUUUAAACUGAGUUCUGGAACAAGUGAAAGGAAUGAAUAAGGAUCAUCUUUGACUACAAUAUCAAUAAAUACUAAAUUAUAUAUUCAAUGGUUGUGUUUUAUAAGACAUGAAUGGUAAAAAUGUAGAAGCAUGUUAGUAUUUUUAAAAAAAUUUAUAAUUAAAUUUUAGUUUUCAUAUAGGCCUUCAAUUAAAUUUUUGAAUAGUUUCCAUAGGGCAUAUCCUGCUUCAGUCUGGUUUUUCAAAGAUUUAAGGAGGUGCUUUUAGUAAUGCAAGAGUCACGUUGUCUGAGAGGAUAAAGCGCUUGGUUUCCGAAGCGGGAUCCGGGGUUCGAAUACUGUGGAAGACUGGGAUUUUCAAUUUCGGGAUCUCAGGGUGCCUCAGGGUACCUGACAUUAGUAGGGGGGGAAAGUAAAGGUGGUUGGUCGUUGUGCUGGCCACAUGACACCCUCGUUAACCGAAGGCCACAGAAACAGUUUACCUUUACAAGAUCUGCCCCAUAGACCACAAGGUCUGAAAGGGGAACUAUUAGUAAUGCAAUUGGUGAUCAAAAUUCUAUAUACAACUAUUGGAAAAAAAAUAUUUAAAUGGCUUCCACCCCACCCUCCAAUUAGUUUCAUUUGGGAUGCGAGAGGGGGCAGUGGAUGGAAAGGAAAAGUUUGUCAAACAUCGGGAUCUGAAAACUCCCGAAUCUGGAGUACCACUAAAAAUCCCGAUGUUUAGAAUUCGACUACCAUAGUCAUCAGUUCAGUGAAGUGUUUUCUGAUUAUGUGCUCCUAUUAUGGUGUACUUGUAGAAUAUGAAGUACUACUUUUUAAUUGUUGUUUUAGAUUAUAUACCAUCUAUAUGCAAACGAAAUAGGUUGUUUUGUCUUAAAACAUUUUUUUGUAAUGACAGAAAUUAUUUAAUUUAGUAACACACAUUUUUU